AUGCCAAUGGAAUAUUCAUCGAUUCAUUUGAAUAAUUUACCUGAUGAAAUUCUUCUGAUUAUUUUUAAUAAACUUAAUAAUGCCACUCUACUUUACUCAUUAUUAGGUGUUAAUAAACGAUUAAAUAAAAUCUUAUAUGAUUCUAUAUUUACCAAUCAUUUAAGUUUAUUACGACGUCAAUCCAAUCAUUUAAUUGCCUUUAGAUCUUUAUCAAGUCAUCUUAUUUAUCCAUUAGUUGAUCAAAUACUUGAUCGAUUUUGUACAGAAAUUUUAUCUGAAAUUCAUGAUAAAAUCGAAUGGCUUGAUCUUGAAUCAUCAUCUAUGGAACGUAUUCUUCUGGCUACAAAUUAUCCUCAUUUAUCAGGACUUCGUUUAUAUAAUAUUCAAGCAGAGAAAGCUGUACAUUUAUUUUCUGAUAAAACUUGUUUUACUGAUACAUUGAAAAAACAAAUAGUAUCACUUAUUAUCGAUAUCGAUACAAAUGGAGAACAAAGAUCAACGAAAGAUAUCAAUGUUAUUUUAUUUACGCAUAUAUUUAAUAUAUUUACUAAUUUACGAUCAUUAAGAUUUGGUCUAUCUUCAAUAUGGUAUCAACUAUUAUUAUUUUCUACUCCACCUUCAACUAUUAUUUCUUCAAAAUUGUUGGAAUUACAUGUAUCUUUACAACAUUUUACCGAUUGUCUUUAUUUAGUUGAUGGACGCUUUAAUCAACUUCAUACACUUCAUGUUCAUAUUGAUUGUAUUUGUAGUUCAAGAAUUCUAAUCGAUAAUAAAGAAAAUUUACCGAAUCUAAGAAAUUUUUCGUUGCAGAGUGAUAUGGCUACAACUUAUUAUGAUGAAUUCAUUGUACCACUGUUACAUCGAAUGAUAAAUAUAGAAAAACUUGAUUUGUCUCUUAUUGUUUGUGGAAGAAACACAUUUGUUGAUGGCUAUGAUUUGAACAUAAAUAUCAUUGAUCAUAUGAAGAAAUUAAAUAUAUUUAUAUUCAAUAUUCGUUCUGAGAGUCGUUUUUAUAAUAAAGUUAAUUUACCAUUAAAUGAAGACAUUCAAAAUACAUUCAAAGAUGUUAAAAAUAAUAAAAUAAUAUCUUGUGUUGAUUAUUUCCAAGACAUGAAUUAUAGUGAAUGCCAUAUUUAUUCUCAACCAUAUAAAUUGAAACAUUAUCAUAAAAUAACAAAUAAUUUUUUCGUUGGACUAUUUAAAUGUGUUCGUGAAGUAUCAUUAUUUGAUGAACGUCCAUUUGAACAUGAAUUUUUUCUUCUAAUUCAAAAAUCAUUUCCAUUAAUGGAAUACUUAACUGUAAUCAAUCGAAAACGACAAAAAAAUAAACAAUUUAGAAAAUUAAUAAAUGAAAAUCAAGAGUUAUCAAUAAUUAAAUAUCCUCAUCUUAUUGAACUUGAUUUUGUUCAAACCUCCAAAGAUUAUCAUGAACAAUUUUUAUAUGAUAACAAAAUAUGUUUACCAAAUGGUGUUAGCAUUCGUAUGAAUUAUCAAAUAGCCAAAAAAGUAACACGCAAUUUUCGAAGAAAUAAUACUCGAACUAAUUGUGCCAAAAUCAGCUCUAUAUUUUUUUCCAACAAAUUAACGUUUCCUCAUCAUUUACAAGACUAUUUUCCACAUGCAAAAAUAGUUUGA